AUGCAAUGUACGAAGAAAGACGCUAAAUGUCUUUGUUUGUGUCCUUUUCCUCUCGCUAUCCUUUCAAUUUCAAAUCGAAUCGAAAUGACAGACCUUGAUAGUACAGAAAUUAUAUCAGCCGAUGAAAGUCUGACGGAGAAUUCAUCUACAACUGUUCCUAAUGCUUCACUAAAAGUGCUAAGUGGCAUCGAUCCUCGGACGUUUGAUAUAAACAAAGAGACAACUAUUGGUCGCGGAAAUCCAUCUGAUUUGAUCAUUUCUGCACCGUCACUUUCGAAACAACAUGCGAAAAUAACAAUAAGUAAUGGACAGUAUUUUAUUACUGAUCUUGGUAGUAGUAAUAAAACAUUUCACAACAAAGUGCAGCUUCAAUCGAAUGUUUGCUAUGCAUUGCAUAAUGGUGAUGAAUUGAAAUUCGGUGAUAUUGUAUGCUGUUUUCAAGAACAAGAACAAGCGAAUUUGAAAAAUGAAAUGGAGCCUGAAGUCAAUAAUAAUCCACCAACACAAACCAUCACAAAUUCCUACGACGAUCAGGAGCCUGCUCAACCAAUCAAAGUCUGGAGUGCAAAUAAAGAGGAUUCCCAUGGUCAGGGCAAUACUGGAUCGAAGCACAAUGGCACUAAUAAUUCUCCUAGUAAAUCAUCGUUGUUUACGCCAUUUUCAUCGUCAGCAAACAUGAAUACUGAUGACGAUAAUCAAAUCAUUGGCUCAACAUCGACAUCAGUGAUUGAACCAAAACAACUGAAUCACAAUGAUCAACUGGAAAUCAUAUCAUCACCACAGGCAAAGAAGAACUUCACGAAUGAAUCGAAAUCACCUGCGAAAAUGGAAGAUACACCUCCUCCAUCCGAUGCGCCAACAGGAAACGAAAAUACUUCGGAAACCGAUAUGGAAACACUAGCGGCUGCCACUAAGCCAAUAGUCAACCUCGAAGAAAAAAUGGAGAAUUCACCAGCCGAAGCAGUAGAACAAGUAGUUGAACCAGACAAUAUUACAGAUGACACACCGGUCGAAAAAGAAAAGCUAUCAGAAAAACAAAUGGAUACCGAUGAAACUAGCGAAUCUCCAGCAAUGGUUGUUGAUGAUAAAGCACAAGAGAAUGUGAAUGAUAUGGAAGCUGAAACUGCUGCACCGGUGACCAGUGCUGAUGCUAUGACUGUCGAUGAAAUAGAUAGAGUGCAACAAGCAGAGAUUCCAUCAACUACAAUGGAACAAGAAUCGACAUCAGAUGGCGAUCAAACACUUCCAGCAUCGUCGACAGAACCUGUAAAACCAAUGGAUGACUCGGCUCCUGUAGAUGAAACAGAAUCCGCAUCAAUAAUCAAGAAAGAAGACCACGAAGAAGAAGAAGCAGGAGACGAAGAGAAUGAGGAGGAGACCGAAGGAGCAGCAGCUGUUUCCGGUCGCGGCUUUCCGCGAAAAACUGCUCGACGUGCGAGAGGUCGACGCGGUGCAGGCGGUCGAGCUCGUGUUAUAAGUACACGUUUACACAGUGGACGUCGCAAUCCAAUCCCAACGCCGGCGACCAAAACGGAAGAAAAUAAUACCACAUUAGAAGAAACAGUUAGCACAGAACCGGAAGAAUCACCAAGCAAAACAGUUGAAACACCCGAAGUUAAAGAACGACGAUCCAGAAAGAAAGAUGAGCCAGUUACUCCUAGCGCAGAAGCUGCAUCUGCUGAUACGAGCUCAAAUGUCCGAGUUUCAGCUCGAAUCAAAGAACGUGCUUCAAGUGGCCGAAACCGGCAAUUUCCAUACGCCAAUGAUUAUGUUGACUUAGACGACAUUGAGAAGCGAUCAAAAGCAAAUGCAAAUGUACCACCUGCUGCUCCUGCUGCAACAACAGCACCAUCACCGCUAACAACAACAAAGUCGCCUGGUCGUCCAUCAAAACGUGGUCGUGCAUCCGCUUCGCCACAAAAGCGAGUUAGUCUUCGUCAACAACCUAUUGAUGCAGUUGAUAAUGGCAAACAAGAAACUGAAACAGAUGUUUACGAACAAAUGGACACCACUGCGGAAACAAAAGAGCCUACACCAAAAGCUGCCGGUCGAAAACGGAAAAGUACAACACCAGUUGCAGCUGUUGCUUCAAAGAGAAGCCGUGCAGCAACACCUCAAACCUUGCCAACGGCAAACACCCGUCGUAAACAAACGACUUCCGUUGAAGUUUCUCCAACAGUUGCUCGAUCAAAUCGACGUACAACUGGUGGACAAAAGCAAGCCCCUCCUCCUGCUGCUGUCUCGCCACCACCACCUCCUCCUUCUACAACAACUACAAGUGUCACCCCGAAACGUGGUCGAAAAUCUGCGAAACAAGUUACACCAAUGCAAGCAUCGCCUGAUAAAUCAAGCAAAACAGCUGAUCGACCUGUUCGUAUCGCCCUCAGUAGUCAUUUGAAUUUUGAUCAAAAUCAUUUCGAAGCAUUACGUAAACUUGACUUCGAAAUUAUGGAUGAAUCUUGUCAUGUUGACGCGCUCGUUGUUGAUCGCAUUCGCCGCACCAAGAAAUUCUUCAUGUGUCUUGCCCGCGGUGCACUAAUCCUAUCACCUUCUUGGAUCGAAGCAAUGGUCAAAGAGAAUCAGUAUAUUCCAUACGAAAAAUAUUUCCUCGAAGAUACCAACGCUGAAACACGUUACGGUUUCCAAUUACGCGAAAGUGUUCGUCGCGCUAAACAAGGUCCAAUCUUUCAAAAUCACAAAUUCUUCUGUACAAAAGACACCUCACCACCCUACGAUGAUCUCAAAGAUAUAAUCGAAGCUGCCGGAGGAAAGCUACUCGAAAAGAUUAAUAUGAAUAAGCCUAGUAAAGAUAUCAUUUGUAUCGUUGCACAAGCUCAUAAGAAUGAAUAUGAAGAUCUAUUUCGAAAAGGAAUUUCCAUUGUCAGUGAAGAAUUCAUUCUAAGUGGAAUAUCGAAACAAAAACUCGAUUUCGACUCUUUUUCUUUAUUCCAAAAUGCUACAACAUCUAAAACCAAUCUCGGCAAAUAA